AUGGCGACCAUGCAUCAUGCACAAUUGAAUGCAACAUUCAACGGCGUAACAGUAGACUAUACAGGUACCAAAGUCAACAAGUUCAAGGGCAUCAAGUACGCUCAUAUUUCCGCUCGAUUCGAGAGAGCACGACCGAUCUCGGGUGAAGAAUUGAGUGGAAACAUAAUUGACGCUACCCAGUAUGGUCCGAGAUGUCCGCAAGUCGACGUCGAUGUUCGUCACUUAUUACGGAUCCCCGAAGACUUUGAGAUCAAGGAAGAAGUUGAAGAUGAGUUUGAAUGUUUGAAUUUAGACGUCACGGUUCCGACAGAUAUAACGAAUAAUCAGAAGCUACCGGUUUUGGUGUGGAUAUAUGGUGGCUCUCAGGCCGUAACGUUUUGCUCUUCUGCUUCCGGUAUCUGUGAUACAACAAGAAUUGUUGCCGAAUCAGCCAAGGCCGGAAAGCCAAUUAUCAUGGUAGCUAUGAAUUACCGACUAAAUAUCUUUGGUUUUGGAGACGGUAAAGGUACGGCAGAAGUCAAUCUAUCUCUCAAGGAUCAAGCGCUGGCAAUCGACUGGGUUAGACGAUAUAUUCAGGGGUUUGGUGGUGAUCCUGAGAAUAUUACUCUUUGCGGAGAAAGUGCUGGUGCCGUCUAUGUACACGCUCAUCUCAUAACUGGCCCUCCAGUCAAACGCGCUAUUCUCAUGUCCGGUUCUCUAUACUUGUCACCACCAAUGCCCGUUCAGUUGGGAAAAGGUUUAUUGGAAAUUUGUGAAUCCAGGGUUCAGGAACUGGAGGGUAAAUCGUUGCGAGAAUGUAGCCAGAAAGUGUUUAAGCAGAUGCUGACAGAGAAUAAUCUAUCUCGCUGCUGGAUGCAGGAAGAAGAUGUUUUGGCGAAUUGGGAGAAUAUGCCGGAAAGGGUCGAUGAGGUGAUGAUUGGCGAGACGGAAUUUGAGUCGGUAAUAUGGCGCAGAGGCAUCGAGACUCUCUCCCCAUCCGACAUAAUAUCCAUAUUCACAGAGCCCAACCCAGAACUAGGUGACAAAAUUCGCAAAGCAUAUCACAUCUCCACCGAUCGUCCAACAUCCAGCACUUUAGGAGCAUUAGACCUCCUUCAUGACACAAAAUUCACUCUCCCCACCGAACUCGUCUCGGAAAAACUCAUCGCCAAUAACAAAAAAGUAUAUCGAUACCUCUUCGAUGAAGUCAAUCCAUGGCAAGCAUCGUCCCGAGCUCAUCAUGCCGUUGAUAUCUUGUUCCUGUUCGGUACGAUGGAUUUCUCACAUAAUCCCUCCGCGGAAGCAUUGGGCGAAGACAUGCGGAAAAGAUGGAUCAGUUUCGUGAGCGGCAGGGAAGAGCCAUGGUCUGAGUUAUCCGCAACAAAGAAGAUGUUUGCCUUUGGGCCUUAUGGGGAGAGUAAGGAGAUUGAUCAGAGACAACUUGCGGCGAGGAGAAGGGUGCAUGUGCUGGGGUUGUUGAGGGAGGUUGGACCGCAGGUUUACGGGGGAAUCGCAAACAAGUUGGCUGCUGGGAAGAUUAGUCUGCUCAACUAA